AGAACAGCCAGCAGCGUGGCCACAACCCCAGCCAAUGGGCUCCGGGGCUCUGCCUUCAGCUGCCCGGCUAUCUGCAUCUGGGGGUACACAGAGGGUAUCCCUGGGAGGUUGAUUGAGACUUCUGGGAAGGUGGAGGAAGGGAAAGGGCUGAGAAGGUGCAGCUGGGUAAAGAACCAUUGAUGCCCCAGGGAGAUUCCACCCCAAUCCCUUCCGCUUCACUGCCCAUCUGUGCCCUGGCUGCUCAGGCGGCAGGGAAUGUGCCAGCCUGGCUGUGGGGGCUGUGAUUUAGCCAUGGUAGGGGGAGAGAGGAAGGGGGUCAGUGGUGCUGGCAGCCAGUGGUCAGGGGUACUUACCUGUAGCACUCGGAAGUAGCCUGGGGUCAGGCAUCGAAAUCGCAUGGUGGGGAACACUGGUCUUCUUGGCGGCCUGUGGGGUGAGGAUGGGCUUGAGCGGUGGUGUUCAUGGUGCCAAGGAUUAGAGAUCAGGGUACCGAGAUCCCUGACCUCCCCCAAUGUGGGACCCUUGCCCUCAGAGGAUGCUCACCAGCGCCUGCCCACCCAGAUCUGGCAGUGGGUGGGGCAGCUGAACCUUUAAAUUCAGUCCCUUCCCCCCACCCCCUGCCCGCCCUGCCAGCCUCAGGAGCAGCUGUCGGGAGAGAUCAGCAUCAGGUCUGAGCAGCAGCACCUCCCCCAACCACAGGGAAGGCAAGGCCUCAGCAGUGCUCGGGAGACCUAGGUCCAGACCAGGUACUGGGAGGGCCUCCCCAAGCCCCAGCCUGGGUCCUUCUCCUACCUGGUGCCGCCAGAUGAUAGAGUGCUGCCAAUCAGCGCUCAGCAAAGGAGGGGGAAGGUGCUUUAUGAACCCCUUCAAAUAGGGCAUGCCUUUUCCACAUGGUGGCUCCUGUGAGAUCAGCCACCUCUGUCUUCAAGAUCAAGUUCCCACAGGGACACUUCCAUCUUUUCCUUGCCCUCAGCUUAGGGACAACAAUACCUUAUGAAGUUAUGAAGACUCAGUGAAAGAAUGUGUGUGAAAUGUGUGCACCUUUGGCCCAGGAAUUUCACUUCUAGAAGUCUGUCCUACAGAUGUACAGCUGAGCAAAGAUACAUGUACAAGAGUGUUUAUUCUGUGGGAUAGUAAAAAUCUGGAAAUGGCCUUAAUGCCUAAUGGUAAGUGAAUGACUGACUAGCUUAUGCCUCGUUCAUUUUGUGGCUAUUAUGCAACCAAAAACAAACAACAAAAAAAAGAUAAAUCUGUAUAUACUGACUAAGAAAGCAGUCUGGUAUUUUAAAAAAUAGCAGCAGACUGGGCUGGGCAUUGUUCUAAGAACUGUACUAUUUCAUUUGGUAUCAACUAUCUCAUAAAUUGGGAAACAGCAGUUUGCAGAACAGUAUGUAGAGUAUCUGCAUGGGUAGAGGAUGGAAGGACACCGAGAAAACUUAGCAGUGGACCCCUCUGGGGAGCGGGAUAGGAGUGUGCUGGGAAAAAGGCGUAUCCUGCUUUCACUUAAUACCAUUCUGUUACUUUUGGCAUGUUCACAGUAAAUAUGUGUAACUUUUGCAGAUUCAUAAAACCCUUUAGAACGGAAGCUUCCAUUUACUGAGCUCCUAAGUGCCUGGCACCACCAGGUGCUGGGGGCAGAGUGAAGGCACUGUUGCGCUUAUUAGGCCCCCAGCCAUUUAUUGGGGGGGAUAGUGGGUAUAAAUGAGUGGUGGCGAAUUCUUGUCUGUUUCUCCCUUACAGGAUUGUGAGUUCAGGGAAGGCAGGGACUGACUGGUUCUCAUCUCGGUAUCUGAUGCCACCUCAGGGCCAGGUGGGUAUUUGAUGAAGUCAAGAUGGCGGAGACAGAUCUAGGUUUACCAAACACUGUGGGAAAGGCUCUGUUAGAAUGUAUUGCGCUUCCCCAGAGUGCUGCGGGGAGGCUGUCGUACAAAGAGGCAAGGAGGGCGGAGCUUGAAGGAGUGUUCGAGGGACAGUGCAGGGUGCGAGGACAUGAAGCGAAGAACGAAGCCAUAAGGCGAGGUGGUCUUCCUCACAAAUGAAGAGGCCUGGGCUGUGGGACUGGAGAGCUCGAGGCCCACUUGAAGAAAGGAAGCAGCCACUGAGCCACGUAAGCUGUAUGGUGAUGUCAUGUGUGGAAGUGGGGAGGGUCGCCAUAGGGGACAGAGUUCCAGGGAAGCUGGAGGUCUCAAUUGGUAUGUGAAAUUAUUAAAUGUUCACAACCAAAACACACUGCAUGAGCUUUCUGUAGGCCAAAUUCAGGCCAGGUCUCAGGUUACAGGCAAGAUCAUGACAGGCGUUGAAGAUCUGGUGUUGGGGCAAUGGGAGAAAUUUCAAAGUAGGUAAUACUGAGGGAGGGCCCAGCUCUGGGAAGGCUCCCAGACCUCUCCUUAUAGAAUUAAAGCAAUACUAUUAACUCAGAUAAUAUUAAUAAUAUCAAUAACAACCCACAUUAUAGGCAGCUGCAUGGCACAAACAGUUAAAUGCUUGACUACUAGCCAAAAGGUUGGCAGUUUGAACCCGCCCAGAGGUGCCUCAAAAGAUAGGCCUGGUGAUCUUCCUUGGAAACUGUGGAGCAGUUCUGUUCUGCACUUAUGGGGUCGCCAUGCAUCAGGAUCCACUCAACGGCAAUCCACAACCUCACAUUACAGAUUUCAAAGUACUUACAAGGAUGUUCUCAAAGCCCUAAGAUCAAGGUGAUGUUCUCACAGGCCUAAGAUACAGAUAUUCUCUUUUAGAGAGGAAGAAGCAGGUUCGGAGAGGUGCAGGGAUUGGGUUCAGUCACACAGCAAGUGAGUGUAAAACCGAUUCCUUCUGAUUUCAUAAUCCUGGGAGUCUUCAGGCCUGGGAUGAUGGUGAUGAUGAUGAUACUAACUGCAAUACUUAAACUAUGUGUCCAACAUUGUUUUAAGAUGUUAUUAGCAAUUGCCAUUGAGUCGACUUCAACUCUUGGCAUCCUUGUACAACAGAAUGAAAUGCUGCCAGGCCCUGCCUCAUCUUCACAAUCACCAGCGUACUUGAGUCCAUUGUUGUGGCUAUUGUGCCGAUCCAUCUAACCAGGAGUCUCGCCAACACCCUCUUUGGCCCUCUACUUCACCAAACGUGUUGUCCUCCAGUGAUUGAUCACUCCUGAUGACAUGUCCAAAGGAAGUGUGUCAGUGCUCUGUUAUGAUCCAUGAUGUUUUCAUUGGCUAAUUUUCAGACGUAGAUCACCAGGCCUUUCUUCCUAGGCUUAAUCUGGAAGCUGUUGAAACUCAUCCACCAUGGGUGACCCUGCUGGUAUUUGCAAUACUGGUGACAUAGCUUCCAGCAUCAUAGUAACACAUAAGCCACCACAGUAUGACAAACUGAUAGAGGGGUGGUAGGUUGUAAGAUAAGGGGUCAAACUGGGAUUAAGAGUUAAGGGGGCCCAUAAACUUGGAUUGGAAAACGACUCUAUAUUCACUAACUUCUAACCGAAACUACCAUUUCCUUCGAUUAUGGAUUGAAGUAUUAGUACCUGUGACUUUGUCACCACCGGAAAUCACAGAUAUUUUCAUAUCAAAUUGUAGUUAUUGCGAGUAUCUCAAAAUGUUGUUUAUGCCCAUUAUUACUUUGAAACCCUCGUUAUUAACCCUCUACUAAAUCACACUUGAUCAGACUUUUUCUGCUUUAGACGCUCCUGUGAUGUAGCUGGUCGUUGGUGGGCCACUCUCCACCCAGUAAGUUUCGGUGACCAAAUGUGGAAUUGGCUUGUUCUCACACCUGUGACCUAGGCUUCUGCGUCGCUUUCCUGUACUCCCUAUCUUUUGUUGUCUUCUGAUCGAUAUGUGGGAGGAGGUUAAUGUUUUUCAAGCUGAGCAACAAGGGCCUUCAGAACAAUUUAGCUUCAAUUUGCCAGUCUCAUUAUUUAAUGUUAAUAAACACAUUACUAAUUAUAAAUUCGUGUAUUUAAAUAUAUUCUUAUGAUAAUUGUGCUCCUUCUAAGCAUUUUGUAUUAUGCUUUUAAAAGCAUUAUCCUGAGAAAUUCACCAAACUGUCAAAGGGGUCUGUUGUAAAAAUAAAAGGAAGGGGAUUUAAAAACCCUGUUCUAAAGGUUUUAGAGCAGUUAACUCAGGUACUGCAGAGCAGCCCUCUGAAGUAGGGGGUGUUAUACCCAUUUUACAGGCAAUUAUACUGAUGCACUGCGUUAGGGUUAGCCCAAGGUCACACAGCUAACAAGCUGCAGAGCUGGGACUUGUACUUCACUGCUACACUCAUCGCUCAUUGUCCGGCCCUUUCUGGAAGAGCCUGGGGAUCAGGGGCCCACCCUGUGAUACGAAAUUUUGGGCAGGAUCCAGGGUCAACUCCAAGGUUGCCUGGUCAGGCGCCAGUGGUACCGCCCCCUGGGCGGGGCGCCCAGCUGUUUUAGCACAGAACGCCUGAAGGGCGGGGCGGGAGGGCAGGUUCUGUCCGUUGAUGGACAGGCGGUGGGCCAGUGGCUGGCCAGCGCUUCACCUGGCUAGCCACGUGGGCCCAGGUAUGCGGCGGAUCCGCCCCGGCCCCAGCCCAGCUUGGCUCUGAGAGCGGAAAUACCUGCGCGGGCGGGACCGAGAGGACGCCGAUUGGAGCGGAGGGGCUCGGCCAUGGAGCCGGUAGAGACCUGGACCCCCAGGAAGGUGGCAGCUUGGCUGAGAGGCCUUGAUGAUUCCCUGCAGGACUAUCCCUUCGAGGACUGGGAGCUGCCAGGCAAGUACCUGCUCCAGCUCUGCCCCCGCAGCCUCGAAGCUCUGACUGUGUGGCCCCUGGGCCACCAGGAGCUCAUCCUGGAUGGGGUGGAACAGCUCCGGGCCCUGAGCUCUGGACUACAGACAGACAACCUGCAGAGCCUGACAGAGGGACUGCUGGUGGCAACCCACACCUUCCAGAGCUUAGUCCAAGGCCGUCUGGCGGCCUGUGCUGAGAUCCCUGCCAGUGUCCUCAGUGCAGCUGUGAAGCUGGUGCAUGAGGCUCGUACCCUCCUCUUCUGGCUCAACAGGUACCUCUUCUCCCACUUCAAUGACUUCUCGGCCUGCCAGGAGAUUGGCGAGUUGUGCGGGGAGCUGGGCCAGGCCUUGCAGGAGGAUUACCCAGCAGCUGAGAAGGAAAGCCAAGUCCUGAGAAUCUGCAGCCACGUGGCCGGGAUCUGCCACCACGUCCUGAGCUGCAGCCCCGAGGAGCUGCUGGAGCAGAAGGCCGUGCUACAGCGGGUGCAGCUGGAUGAUCCUUUGGGCCUGGAAAUCCACACCACCAGCAACUGUCUUCACUUUGUGUCUCAAGUGGGCACCCAGAUCCCCACCAACUCCCAGCUGCAGAUCCUGCCUGGAGACGAGGUUGUCCAGAUCAAUGAUCAGGUGGUGGUGGGCUGGCCCCAUAAGAACGUGGUGAGGGAGCUGCUGCGGGAGUCAGCUGGGGCUAGCCUAGUGCUGAAGAAGGUCCUGGUGCCCGAGAGCCCCCAGCAGGUCCUGGACUCCCCGUGCCUGAGGAUCCAAUCACUGGCUCUGACCCCACUGUCUCCCAGGGCCCUGUUAGAGGAAGCCUUUGCCUUUGACGUGACUUUGAGCCCAAGUCCUGGGCCCAGCCCUACCCGGACAGACUCUGCCUCCCCUGACCCUGAGCCCUUGCCCAGCCCCUCGGCGCCCCCAGCCACAUUCCCAGCAGAGACAGCAGAGACUCCAGAGCCCCCAGGACACCCUGACAAGAGUCCUGUUCCUGGUCGGAAGAAAUCAAAAGGCGUGGCGACGCGGCUGAGCCGCCGGCGGGUGUCAUGCCGGGAGCUGGGCCAGCCCGACUGCAACGGCUGGCUGCUGCUGCGCAAGGUGCCCGGCGGCUUCAUGGGACCACGCUGGCGCCGCUGUUGGUUUGUGCUCAAGAGACACACGCUCUACUGGUACCGCCAGCCCCAGGAUGAAAAGGCCGAGGGCCUCAUCAAUGUCUCCAACUACAGCCUGGAAAGUGGACAGGAUCAGAAGAAAAAGUAUGUGUUUCAGCUCACUCAUGAUAUGUACAAACCCUUCAUCUUCGCUGCUGACACCCUGGAGGAUCUGAGCAUGUGGGUGCGCCAUCUCAUUACCUGCAUUUCCAAGUACCAGUCUCCGGGCCGGGCCCCGCAACCCCGAGAGGAAGACUGCUACAGUGAGACAGAAGCAGAAGACCCUGAUGAUGAAGCUGGGUCCAGCUCAGCCUCGCCCAGCCCAGCCCAAGCCUGGAGCCCCAUCCCUGGAGACACGUCACCUGCAGCCACCCCCAUGCCGGCCAGCCCACGGACUUCCUUCGGCCCUCCAACAGACAGUGGCGAAGGGGCACUGGAAGGAAUGGUACGGGGGCUGAGGCAGGGUGGUGUGUCCAUUUUGGGCAAGCCACAACCCCUCACCCAUGAGCAAUGGCGGAGCUCCUUCAUGCGGCGUAACCGAGAACCCCAGCUCAAUGAGCAAGUGCACCGGGUGCGGGUGCUACAGAGCACACUGAAGGCAAAACUGCAGGAGCUACAGGUCCUGGAGGAAGUGCUUGGAGACCCAGAGCUGACUGGAGAGAAGUUUCGACGGUGGAAGGAGCAGAACCAGGAGCUGUACUCAGAUGGCCUGGGGACCUGGGGAGUGGUUCAGGCUGAGGGCAGCUUUCAGGUCCUGACCUCUGGCUCUAGAGAACAGUCCUCCCUCUCUGACCCUAAGGAGCACUCCCAUCUCCUGCCCCCGACUCCCAAGAACAACCUCCAACCUCCUGACCUCUGACCCUGAGGAACACUCUCAUCUCCUGCCCCCUGGCCGAAAGAACAACUUCUGACCUCUGACCCUGAGAGCUAUCUCAACUCCCAGCGUCUGACAUGUGGCUCUCACUUGUCUAGGACAGAGCAUCCCUGGGCUGUCUUUGAGGUUGGGAAUAGCGCUAGUCCAUGGUUUCACCCCAAGCUAACCCACUGAUCCCCCUGGAGUGGAGUAAAAUAAAAUGAGCUUUGUGCCACUCUCUCCUCCCUUGCCAAAGAAAGAACAGGAAGCCUGGGCUAAAAGAAACUCUCUCCCACCUAUCUAACUUGUGGGGCCAUAGAACUGCCUUCCUUAGCCCCUCUGCAGUUCCCCCUCCCCAAACCAGAGCUCUACAGGUAUUCUUUUACGCAGAGAUACUUUUCAACCAAAUAAAGUCAAUUUCUCUAAAAUGAAUCUCCACAUGCCUUUGACUUCCAUAUUACAAUCAGGAAUCUGUUCCCCUAAGGGGACUGAGAUGAAGAACUCUUGGACUGGGGUGAACACUCUUGGCCUAAGGGUAGGUAACUGGC